UAUGGAGAAGAGCCAGUAUGGACCCCCGCAGGACGUGUCUGCUCCCCCCUACCCCGGCCUCCCAGCGGGCUACCAGGGAAGUGGCGGGGGAACAGCCUACCCCCCUCAGCCUGGCUUCCAGGGAGGUCCCCAACCCGGCAUGUACCCACCACCUCCCCAAUACGACAUGGGCAUGGCACAACCUACAAAUGCCCCCAGCGUAACCCAGGUGGUGGUGAUGCAGCAGCUGCUGCCUAGAGACAUACCCGGCCAGAUGACGUGUCCCCACUGUCAGGUCCAGGUUCUGACAGAGACCACACACACCACUGGACUGCUCACCUGGGUCAUCUGUGGAGCCCUCGGCUUCUUCCUGUGCUGGCCAUGCUGUUUGAUUCCGUUCUGUGUUGACUCCUGUAAGGACGUAGAACACCGCUGCCCCAACUGCAAGAGAGUGAUCCACAUCCACAAACACAUGUGAACAGACCAAGAUGAGACGCCUGCCACAAAGUGAUCCACAUCCACAACUAGCCCCGGCCCACAGCCACUGCUGCCACAAAGUGAUCCAUACCUUUAUGAAUCCAUUCCAAUACACCAUUAGUCUACACCACAAGUCUACACCACUAGUCUACACUACACCACUAGUCUACACCACUAGUCUACA